CCAACCACCUAAUCCACUAUGUUUUUUGCACUCUUCACUUCACUUGUUUCAAACAUCUGUCUCCCAUGUUGUCACCUUCCUCCAAACCCUAACCCUAAUUCUCAUCAAUGACAAAUCCAAGAACCCUCUUCACCAUUCAAUCUCCAACAAAUGCAUCUUUUUCUUCCCAUUUUACCCUCAAGAAUCCUUCAAAAUCACAACAACAACAACCAGUCUAUAAGAAGCUCAAUUUUAGAGUUCUUUGUUCCUCUCAACCUUCAAGAACCCCACAGAAUUCAAAUCUAAUUUCUACCCUUGUCAAGAUUUUACGCGUAGUACCGGAUUGGGCUGACAAAAUUCAAGAAGGGGGUAUGAGAAAAAAGAGAUCUUUAUACAAGCAUGAGACUUGGGUGCAACAUAGAAGUUCAUUAAGGCAUGUUAGGCAUUUGUUUUCGAGCUUCAAUUCGCGGGUUGUUUUGUCGUUGAUACCUCCUGUAAUAGCUUUUACUUCAUUUGCAUUUGUGAUUGCUAGUUAUAAUUCAGCAGUUUCAUUUCAUUGGUUACCUGAGUUUUUCCCUAUCUUGAGAGCUAGUCCACAGCCUUAUCAGUUGACAGCUCCAGCUCUGGCACUUCUACUGGUGUUUAGGACGGAGGCGUCUUACUCGAGGUUCGAAGCAGGGAAGAAGGCUUGGACUAAAGUCAUUGCUGGAACUAAUGAUUUUGCUAGGCAGGUCAUUGCUUGUGUUGAUAAGAGGGAUGAUGUGCUCAAAGAGGCACUUUUGCAGUAUAUCAUGGCAUUUCCAGUUGCCUUAAAGUGCCACAUAGUAUAUGACUCGGAUAUAGCAAGUGAUCUCAAAAACUUACUUGAGGCUGAUGAUCUAGCAGUAGUUCUCAGUUCUAAGCAUCGCCCUCGUUGUAUAAUUGGAUUCAUCGCUCAGAGCCUUCAGUCGUUAAACUUGGAGGGAACAAUACUGAGUCAGCUGGAGUCAAAGAUUUCUUGUUUCCAUGAAGGUAUUGGUGUAUGUGAACAACUCUUGGGCAUACCUAUUCCCCUUUCAUACACUCGAUUGACGUCAAGGUUCUUAGUCCUUUGGCAUCUAACUCUUCCUAUAAUACUUUGGGAUGAUUGCCACUGGAUUGUGGUUCCAGCUACUUUCAUAAGUGCGGCUUCCUUAUUCUGCAUCGAAGAGGUUGGUGUCCUUAUCGAGGAGCCAUUUCCAAUGCUUGCACUCGAUGAGCUAUGUCAGCGUGUUCAUGACAACAUCCAUGAAGCAAUGGCAAACGAAAAGCAGAUUCAAGAAAUAGUAAACAGCAAAAGAAAAAGAAGUUUUAGUGAACACUCUCCAAAUGGUUGGCCAACAUCAUAGGAUUGACUAGAAAUUACGUCUAAAAAACGAAAGACUGAAGUCUUCUCUAUCAUGACUUCAGCAACUGUACAUAAAGAGGGAAUGUCCCAUAUAUGAAUGUUGUUUCAAUAUCUGGGGAAACAAAGGGAAGACAUAUUUCUAUUACCAUAUAUGUAAAUAUAUAGUUCUGGUGGAAAGUAUUUGUUCUAGAAAAUUAUAACGCGUUGAGUUCAGCUUCUAAAUUCAGUUACUGUA